GCUUACACUGGUGCUUGAAACUGGAAAUGUAUGUUUACUCCGCAUAGUUAGUCAAGGUAUAUACUAACUUAGCGGUGACCUAGGGGCCAAUACAAAGUCUCCGGAGUGGCCACUUCAAUCAAGACGAAGGAUCGUGAACCUUGGCGUCUGCCGGUCCAGACGCGACAACCGAACCACAUCUAGAAGGUAAAAGCUUCGCGUGCUUCCGAAGUAUGGAGAACCUGUGUAUCCGGUUUAUAAGACAGGGACCUUUUGCCAUUAGUGCUUCUAAUCCCGAGCCAAGAUAUUAGACGGGAGGAUUUCUAAGGUUUGCUUGCAGUUCAUGAUCGAAUUACUCAUGGAUUACUUACAUACUACAACCGAGUAACUCGGCUCUAAUAAUAGCUCUUUGGUAUUAUUGCGGCCUAAUCAACCGACGAGAACCUCUCGUCUAGAGUAUAAAUAGACCGUUAACUACGGCCAUAGCUCCCCUUAACAUUUUAGCCUCACCUCACUCCCACGACCUCAGAUACGAGCACCAGUGCCAAAGAAGCAAGUCUCAUCAUUACCCUCAAAACCAAAUAACCACGACACUCACCCACCUAGCGAGAAAUCAUCCCUACCAACCAACCAACAAAAUGCGUCCCACCCUCACCCUCACCCUCCUGCUCCCCAGCCUAGCAGCCCUCACCACCGCAUCCCGCGCCGCCGACCCCUCCGCCGUCUUCUACGCGGAGCUCUUCAGCGCGGCGGCCGACUGCAGCGGGACCACCGGCAUCAAGGCAUUUCUCUACAGCCGCGGCGCGUGCCAGAAUACCGCCACACCGGGCACCGGGUCCGCGCGCGUGCGGUACAACGAGCGGCCGGAGACGCUUUCUCUGACGGGCUGGACUGGACUUAAUUGUACUGGUGAGUCGGUGGUGGUGGGCCCGACGGUGGGGGUGUGUGUGUCGCUUGAUGGGACGGCGGUUGCGAGUUGGUCUUAUUAGGGGUUAGGUAGUGGGGAGGGGAAAUAAAUAUAUAUAUGGUGGAUGUUGUAUAUAUGGGCAUUAUAAGCGUGUAGGUGUGGAAAACGAGAUAUAUUAGGUGUAUAUACUUAUUUACACGUAUAUUUUGGC